GUGAAAUUAUAUAUGACGACUCCAAUUAAAAUAAAGGGUCAGACGAAGUCAAGCUUUUCAAUUAAGUCCUCCCCUAUAUCCAUCUUUAAAAGGAUCACACAUGGAUGCCUACUGUUGAUUGAUUCACGUCCCUUGUUCAACUCUUGAAGUUUGUUGUUUGUUGUAAGUUUCAAUUCAGUUUGUGGACAUGGGUAGAGCUCCUUGUUGUGACAAGGCUAAUGUCAAGAGGGGACCAUGGUCUCCUGAAGAGGACAACAUUCUCAGGGCCUUUGUUGAGGCCCAUGGCACUGGUGGUAACUGGAUUGCUCUUCCUCGUAAAGCAGGGCUUAAGCGCUGCGGCAAGAGUUGCAGGCUGAGAUGGCUCAAUUAUCUCAGGCCAGACAUCAAGCAUGGAGGCUUUACUGAGGACGAAGACAACAUUAUCAUCACUCUCUACAACAACAUAGGAAGCAGGUGGUCAGUCAUAGCCUCACACCUGCCCCGGAGAACAGACAAUGAUGUGAAGAACUACUGGAACACCAAAUUGAAGAAGAAGCUCUCAGGAAAAGCUGACCUUAAGAAAGGCAGCAACAACAAUGGCAAUGCAACUUCUAACAGCAUCAUUCAUCUCAGCUCAGUACAGUUCCCGGGUUCCAUCCCUAAAGUUGAGGACUAUGAUUAUGGAAUUUCAGCUGGUUUCGGUACACAUUCGAGCCCGGUGUCAUACCAAACAGGCGUGAGUUACCAGCAAGAUUUUCAUUCACAGGGUCUGGUUUCAAAUCCAGCUGUUCAAUUCCCUCUCCCAGGGCGGAUGGAAGUUUCUGAAUUCAACACAAGUGGAAACACCAGCUACAGCAUUUCAUCAUCUCAGGAAGUUUCAAGCCUUUCAGCUGCCUCAUCUUCUCUGGCUCUAGACAACACCACUCAUGCCUCCUGGUCCAGCUACAAUGGAGUUAGAGUUCAAGAGGAUGAGUUCCUUAUUGACUUUGGAUCCCCUUAUGAACUCCUCAGUGGCUUUGGUUUUCAAGAACAAGCCCAUGAAGCUGGUCUGGUCAAUCAAAUUUAGGGAACCAUCCAGUCUAUCCCUAUACCAGUUUGCAAGCUAACACUUGAUCGGCUGACAGUACUUAGGCACAAGUUUAAUCACCAUAGUAUUACAAACUAAUACUGCAAAGAAAAAUCAGACAAGAAGGGAAUGUUUUACUAGUCUUUGGCUUUGUAAGUUGUGGAAUCAUGAAAUUUAGUAUAUAUUUUUAGUUGUAUCCUGUAAUAUCAAGGUUGUUUUGCUUAGCAAAUCCCAGAAUAUAUAUGACAUCACCUUAUAUGAUA